GAAGCGCAGUCAAGAGAGGCUGCAGCAGACUGUAUAACGUACCCCCAUUACAAGCCUUAAUAAAAGAAGAAAAUAGAAAAGGACACACCGCUUUUGUUAGUUCGCCAUGCACUCGUAUUUUGAACAUCUAGCGACGUCAGAUGCGUCACCAGUGACGGGAGAGCGCUGAUCUCGGCGGUGACUGACUUUCUAGGGUUGAGUGGCUGAAGUCCAGCUCCAGUGUUGACAGAGUUCAUUCAGUUAUUGCAUGAUUAAUAGACACGGCUUAGUGACUCCAGACGGAAGGGCGCAAACUUUGUUUACUUCGCGUAUUUUUUGCUCUUGGAAGUAGCUAUUAAAGACGUUCCUGGUGGUAUUUGAGUUCUUUAACAAGGUAAAAUCGCCUUAUUUUGUGUGAAAUGUGACGUUUUGAACGGGAAAAGUAAUGUUAGUAGAGUAAAAGUCGUCUCUGGUUCUUGUUUACGAGGCAAUUUAAGAGGUAGAAAAGGUAGUAUUCGUGUAGAAAACACUUUAGUAAAACAUGACCCGUUUCGUUGGGCUCUGAAAUGUCAUAUAAAUUAGUGUUUUGUACAGUACGGUGACAAUAGCGAUAGUGGACAAAGCUGGCCGUUUAAAGUACUGACGUGUCCUUUGGCGUGCGGUCAGUGCCAAAGCUGGAGGGACACGCCUGUCGCCGUUGCCCCAGCAUCUUUAUGCCCCAGCAUCUUUAACCGGGAGUCAGCCGUCAACGCCACGUCAGAAUGUCAAGAGCCGGCCGAAGACCCAAAGCUUUGCACGCCAAUAACGUGCUGCUGCUGUGUCUCUGCGGCGCGCUCUCGCUGGCCAUGAUUCUGGCGCUGUAUCUGUCUGCAGAGCCCGGCGGCACCCUACAGCAGCAUGCUGCACAGCUCACCAGCGACAGGAAUGCUCAUAAGCCAAAUAAACACUCUGUGGCACAAAUAAAGAAGUUUGCAGCACAGGUGGACGGGCAUCGGCUCUGGGAGACUCACCUGCGGCCCCUGCUAAUUGAACGAGUGCCCGGGACUGCAGGCAGUCAGACCAUACGGCAGCACAUCUUGUCCCAGCUGGGCUCACUGUCAGCAGGAUGGACACUGGAAGAGAAUUCCUUCGUUUCAUCCACCCCGCAGGGUAAAGUGACCUUCACCAAUGUUCUAGCAGUUCUGGACCCCACGGCUCCUCGCAGGCUGCUUCUAGCAUGCCACCAUGACUCAAAGAUCUUACCUGCAGACCCUAAAAACCCCAAGCGGGUGUUUGUGGGUGCCAGUGAUUCAGCCAUACCCUGUGCUAUGAUCUUGGAGCUGGCCACUGCUCUGGACACACAGCUUAAAGCUCUAAAACUGCAGAGGUCUGCUGUUACAUUGCAGUUGGUGUUUUUUGAUGGAGAGGAGGCUUUUGAGGAAUGGACAGAAACAGACUCUCUCUACGGUUCUCGUCAUCUGGCUGAACUUAUGGCCCGUACUCCCCACCCUUCUGGAUCCACCAAAACCACUCUUCUCCAGGCAGUGGAUCUGUUAGUCCUGCUGGACCUGCUUGGUGGCCCAGAACCAUUGAUUGUCAAUCACUUUGAUAACACAGCCAGAUGGUUUGACCGACUGAUCACUGCAGAGAAGAGACUCCACAAACAGGGUUUGUUGACAUCUCACCCAUCAGAACAGAGUUACUUCAGGAAAGAUUUUUAUCUUGGUCCCGUGCAGGAUGAUCACAUUCCAUUUUUAAACAGAGGUGUACCUGUGCUUCACUUGAUCCCCACACCAUUUCCUGUGUUCUGGCACACACUGGAUGAUGCAGAGGAGAGGAUGCACAGGCCCACGGUGGAAAACCUAACUAGAAUCCUGGCCAUCUUCGUGGCCGAGUACCUGAGCCUCUAAACAUGCUGUGAUGAUCAUCCUACAGCAGACGAUCACAGCACAUGACCAUGUGUUCAGUGCAGUUGAAUGUGUGAUGUAGGAGCUGGUAAUAAUAAUAAUAAUAAUAAUAGAGCCAUAGAUCAGAAUAACCAAAGAGACACACAGCAUAAUGACGUGUUUAUUUGGAAUGUGAAUGGUACAUGCUGAAGAUAUUCAUAUAUUUUUCUGCUGAAAAGAGCCAUAUGUCAUAAUAGGACAAACGUUACGGCAGCUGUAGGAGCCCUAAUGUCAUCCUUAAAGAGACUGUUAAUUUUGUGGUAAAAGACUCGUUUCAUGUCAUUCAAUGGAACUCGGAGUGAAGUUUGUUUAAUUAUUACAUUCAGUUAGUUCAUUAUCCAUAAUUUGCACAGUAUGUGCUGAUGAACUGUAUUUUAAAUGCUGUUGCAUUCAAGCUGUGUUCGGGAAAGGCAGUGGUGGUGCACUUUACAAGAAGGUCAGUAUGCAAGACACUGAGAGACAAUUGUUUUAAGAAUCUGUGAGUAGCAUUUCAUGUGACCUGAGAGAGAUAGAUCUUUUUUUUUUUUUUAUGUUCCUCAGUCAUUGAGCUGUUACCAUUAUGAACCAAAAGACCAUGUCAAGGGUCUAAUGGAUAUUCAUAAUAAACUUAAGGAAACUCUGGA